AUUAAUCCGUGACUUUUUUUUUUUUCUUCCUGGGACAAAAGGUAGUAAAGCGACAAGAAGACGCGUCUGUAGGUUCCAGCCUGGCACCUCGCUAAACGCUCACACGUUCACAAUCAGAAUCCAACUUUACUUUAUCCCCACACUUGUCCACAUUCUCACUCACUCACUCACUACUGUGUUUGACCAUUACCUCCCAACACUCCCACCACCACCACCACCACCAUGAUGCCUCCACCGGCCAACCACCACCGGCGCCGCCACCGCUCCUUCCUCUCGCUUGCACUCCUCCUCCUCCUCCUCCUCCUUUUUUUCGUUUCAUCCGUUACGGCGGCCGAGCUCCCGGCAUUCCGUGAGGCCCCCGCAUUCCGGAACGGGCGGGGCUGCCCCAAGGCGGCAGCGCCGGACGGCAGUGGGGACCCGACCAUUCACAUCGCAAUGACCCUUGACACCACCUACCUCCGGGGAUCCAUAGCGGGGGUGUUCUCCGUUCUCCAGCACGCCUCCUGCCCGGAGAACAUUGUCUUCCACUUCAUCGCUGUGGCCCACCGACGCCACGACCUACGGCGAGCCGUGACCUCCACCUUCCCCUACCUCCGCUUCCACAUCCACCGCUUUGACGCCGGGACCGUCAGGGGGAUGAUCAGCUACUCGAUUCGGAGGGCCCUGGACCAGCCCCUUAACUACGCCCGGAUCUACCUCGCGGACCUCGUCCCGGCCGAAGUCCGCCGCAUCAUCUACUUCGACUCGGACCUGAUCGUGGUGGACGACGUGGCCAAGCUGUGGGGCAUCGAUUUGGGCAGCCACGUCCUCGGUGCGCCAGAGUAUUGCCACGCCAAUUUGACGAGCUACUUCACCCACAGGUUCUGGUCGAAUCCGGCGUUCGCGACGGAGUUUAAGGAGAGGCGGCCGUGCUACUUCAACACGGGAGUGAUGGUGAUCGACCUGUGGAAGUGGAGGGAGGGGAAGUACACGGAGAAGCUUGAGGGAUGGAUGAGGACCCAGAAGCGCCACCGCAUCUACGAGCUGGGCUCCCUGCCGCCGUUCCUGCUGGUGUUCGCCGGCGACGUCGAGGGGGUCGAGCACCGGUGGAACCAGCACGGCCUGGGCGGCGACAACCUCCAGGGCCUCUGCAGGGACCUGCACCCGGGCCCCGUGAGCCUCCUGCACUGGAGCGGCAAGGGUAAGCCUUGGCUUCGGAUAGACUCGAGGAGGCCGUGCUCUCUGGAUUCACUGUGGGCCCCGUACGAUCUCCUCCGCCGCUCGUCGCUCUUCUCCGACAACUAAUGGUGGUGUCGGGGCCGGCGUUUCGCCUUCAGAAAUGGUGAAAUGAUGGGAAAGGGCAUUCUGUCUUCGAGAGGAUUGCGAAGGGAAGGAAAAGGGUUCCCCCCCCCCCCCCCCCCACCUCCCCCCGGAAGGGAGGUCGCCGCCGUGAGGUCCCGGCCGGACGCGGAGUCGUUGUUUCUGACGGAUUGUAUUGUGGGGCCUGAGUGGAGACUGGACAGGGUGGAUGCUGACGGCCGUUAAAGGUGUCGGGGUAACGGAAGUUACUGUUUAUCGCAGGGAAUUAAUACAACGGCGUGCGAGAAGUCACGUGGGGGAAAUGGAUAACGGAAUUUCACCUGACGGAAAAUGGGAAACGGAAACUGUCGGCAGGACACGAUGUAGCCUAUUUGAAGUGUUCUCGAAUGCGUAUUUGAACAUGAUGUAGCCUACUCCGUUGCCAAAUAAAAGAUAAGAGCGUAUGUCAAAAUCCAGGGACAAUCGGCAGACCACGUAAUACCCUCUUUUGGUACUAAAAUAUUUCGAGUGCAAUGGAGACUUCUUGUACAUUUUUAUAUCGUUUUUUCUUUUUCGACAUUAAGUUCAUGUAUGCCUUUCAUAAUUAAAAAGAAUAUUGUUUAUUGGUCUUAAAGGGAAA